UAAUUUAUUUGGGUCAUGAUCACGUCGUCUUCUGAAGUAGCGAUAAGAAGAGAUUCCAAGGCAUAUUUGAGUGUGCAGGUCAUCAUUUCUGCAAGACCGAUCGUUGUUUUCCGGAGACUACAACAGUCAACUCAUCAGACUUACAAUCCGAGAGUUAAUUUCGGAGAAAAUCCCUCCCGUCCAACGUCGGAUAUCAUCAACAUGACAACAAAUCACAUCGGAACAUAUGGUACUACAUCAUCAGCCGUCUUUAGUACUGCGGUUGUUCCUCAAGAAAUACUGCUUCAUGACGAAUAUAAUUAUGAGGAAUGGAAGGUUAGGGUGAAAACGUACUUGCUGUCUCAAGAUCUUUGGCAGGAUGUUCAACAAACCGACGAACCCUUUCCGGGAAGAGGACGGGAGAAUUUCAUGGCUUUACAUGUGAUCCAGAUUUCAUGCGGCCCACAACCAUUUUCUGAGAUUAAGAACAUUAUGAAUGCCAGAGAAGCUUGGAAGACUUUGGCAGAUAGGUAUGGACGGCGGCAUGUAGCUAUCGAGCAAGAUACAUCGGAGGAGAAUUCCAUGAGUCCCGAAUGUCGAAAUGAAGAGUACUUAUGUAGCUAUGAGAAAUUGUACAAUGCUGUGCGAGACGGUAAUCUGGAUGAGACAACUAGAAUUCUUCGUAUGGAGCCUUUACCCCACGAUGCAUUGAAUAGGACAAUCCCAAAUAAAGGCGAAACGGCUCUUCACACUGCUGUUACAAAUGGACAUGAGCAUAUAGUGGAGGCGUUGGUGAUGCAAAUGUCGAAUGAGGGAUUGGCCAUGUAUGAUAGUGACGGUUACACGGCUCUAACCACGGCAGCCGUGCUUGGAAAAUGGCGAAUGGUGAAGUGCAUGCUUCGAAAGUACCCUUACUUGAUCAGCAUUAGACAUUCCGAAGGGAAAAAUCUUCCAGUUGUUAUGGCUAUUGAUUUCGGGCAAAUAGAGAUGGCACGCCAUUUGUAUUAUCUUACUCUAGAUAAAGAUUUAAUUCUACAGGAUAAUGAUCAGGAGUUUCAAGACCGCAAUGGUGCUACGCUUUUUACCCAUGCCAUCUAUACCGAAACUUUGGAUAUUGCUUUGGGAUUAAUCCUAACCUGCCCACGUUUGGCACUGGCUCUUGACGAGUAUGGCGAGUCUCCCAUCUUAGCACUGGCCUCGAUGCGUCAUUCCUUCCCAAGUGGAAAUCAGCUCGGGUUUUGGAAACAAUGCAUCUACUCCUGUAUUACCUCUCUCCUUUACUUCUCUUGCUUUACGUACACUGUAAUUAAUAUUCUUCAAUGUAUGCGCGACGUCCCAGUAUUGGCUCUUCCAACUGGCGACAUUCAUUUAAUGAACGUUUCAAACGGAGAGCAACGCCAAAGCAAUCAAGACGAUCAAAGUAACAGAUCAGUACUGUCAGCAAUGUUUCGCUAUUUAUUUUCAGGAAUCCAGCAGUUGUUGGAAAUGAAAAAGAUCCAUGACCAAUCCGAUGCACUUCUUUCUCAAAUGUGUAAAGUGAUAUCAGAAUCAAGAACUCAACAGCUUAUGGAUGGUCUAGUUUAUACUGCCAUUAGCCGUGCAGCCAAGAAUGGGAUUUUCGAGUUUGUUUCUAAGAUGCUUGAAAUGGAUCAACGAUUUUUAUGGACCACAGAUAGAAAUCAAAGGAACAUAUUUAUGCUUGCCGUCUUGCAUCGUCAAGAAAAAAUCUUUAACAUUCUAUAUGGGCUGGAUAGGAAGAUCAUGAACUACUCAUUGACAUCUAAAGUAGAUGUCAAUGAAAAUAAUAUAUUACAUAUGGCAGGGAUGACAGAAGAUUCCACUUGGGUUAAUAAAAUCCCAGGGGCAGCUUUACAAAUGCAAAGAGAGUUACAAUGGUUCAAGGAGGUAGAGGGAAUUGUCCAUCCCAAGGCUAAGGAAAGUACCAACAAUGAUGGUUUAACUCCCCGACAAUUGUUUACAAAGAACCACAAGAACUUGAUGGAAAAGGGAGAAAAAUGGAUGAAGGGUACAGCAACAUCAUGCACUGUGGUGGGUGCUCUGAUUGCUACCAUUAUGUUCGCCGCAGCUUUUACUGUUCCAGGUGGCAACGAUCAAACUACAGGCUUUCCAAUAUUCUUAAAGCAAAAAUUGUUUAUGCUCUUUAUAAUAUGUGAUGCAUUGUCCCUUUUUUCUUCCUCAACUUCAAUGUUGAUGUUUUUGGGAAUCCUCACAUCAACUUAUGCAGAAGAAGAUUUUCUUGAGUAUUUGCCGAGGCAGAUGAUAAUAGGCCUUUUCACUCUCUUUUGCUCUAUUGCAACCAUGAUGAUAGCCUUUUCUACUGCUCUUAUAAUCAUGUUACAUGACCAAUAUUCUUGGAUUUUGAUUCCUAUCAUUUCUUUGGCUUGUGUCUCAGUCACCCCUUUCAUAUUGAUGCAGUACUCCCUUCUUAAAAAUAUGAUCUUUUCAACCUAUGGACCUGGCAUCUUCGACAGGAAAAAGAAAAGGUAA